AAUGGAGCUUCCUACCGACAAACAGAAGAAGCUUUUUCUUUUGUCCCCAUCUCACACAGUGUGAAAUGGGGCCUAACAGUCGACGCCAUUAGAGUAAAAAAUCAUGCCUUAAUAAAAAAUAGUUAAACCAAAUCUCUCUUUUUGUGAGUGCCCAACCGCUAUCAGCGGCUUUAAUGCAGUUAACUAUCUCACAUGGUGUUCGUGUGUAGUAAAGAAUGUUCAUUUCAUUCCUGCGCGCCAAAAACUUACAAGGAAUGAUUUGGGUCGAUUUCUUGAGAUGAAGAGCCCCACGGGCCCAAUCUGAUUGAACAUCAUUGUCCAAUCUUCUCCUUGAAUUGGGUCUCCUCCUUCCCCUGUUCUUGAACAUCAUUAUCCAAUCUUCUCUUUAAAUUGGGACUCCUCCUUCCCCUGUUAUUCAUCAGUGUGAAAUGAUGAAGGCAUUUCAUUCACUCAGGCUUGUGCUCUUGGGAGCAAGUGUGCUGCUCUGUUUGGGUUUUGAGGCAGAGGAGCUCGAAUGGCGCCCUGCUACAGCUACCUGGUAUGGUAGUCCAGAUGGGGAUGGAAGCACUGGAGGUGCUUGUGGGUAUGGCAGCCUGGUGGAUGUGAAGCCUUUUAGAAAGAGAGUGGGUGCUGUGAGCCCUGUGCUGUUCAAAGGCGGAGAAGGUUGUGGAGCAUGCUAUAAGGUGAAAUGUCUGGAACAGAGCAUGUGUGCAGAGAGAGCUGUGACAGUGAUAGUAACAGACGAAUGCCCAGGUGGAUACUGUGCUUUUGGACGAACUCACUUUGAUCUGAGCGGAGCCGCUUUUGGCCGUAUGGCUGUAGCAGGCCAGGCCACCAGUCUUCUCAACACUGGAGAACUCCCUGUUCUCUACAGACGGACAAAAUGUGAGUAUCCUGGAAGAAACAUCACAUUCCAUGUGAACGAGGGCUCUACAGACUAUUGGUUUUCCAUUCUGAUCGAAUAUGAAGAUAAUGAUGGAGAUGUGGGAGGCGUUCAUCUGAAAGAGGCUGGGUCGGAGACAUGGAUGGAAAUGAGGCAUUUGUGGGGAGCAAACUGGUGUUUGCUAGGAGGGCCAUUGAAGGCACCAUUUUCUCUGCGCGUAACAUCCUUGUCCUCCAACAAGACGCUCUCUGCCAGAGAUGUCAUCCCACACAACUGGUUUCCUACCGCCACUUACAAAUCACGCCUCAACUUCGACUGAAAACAAUAUUGGUGUACGUGUAAACGAGGAAUCGACUUCCAAAGGGAAGUUUGUUAGUAAGUCGUUGAAGUUAAAUAUAGUGUGUGAAAGAGAGAGAGAGAGAGAGAGCCGCUCGGUGGCAGCUCCAUAAGGCUGCUGUGCAUCAGUAGUAGGUUGGUUAUGUUUAGGUACCUAUGUUUGCCAUCUAAAUAGUAAAUAAAAAUGUGGGUCAAGUUUUUAAAGGCACUGCAACCUAUCAGGAACUGCCAGUUCCGUAUUACCUUUUCUGCCAUGGCAUGUAAACCAAGAAGCAAAUUUCAAUGUUUUGUACCUGUUGUCAUGAUAGUUGCAGUUUUCUCUUUAAUGAAAGUUUGACCAUCUUUUUAAGAGAA